GAGCGGAAGCCGGCUACCUGGAAGUGGUGUUGUAAGCCCCCGGUGGCCUGCCUUGUGGGCUGUCAGACACGUGAGCCUAAUGCCUGACCACAUGGAUGCCAGCCUCACCCCAGAGGAGCGGGUGCGGGGUCUUACGCAGAUGGGGAGCUCUGUGGAGGUGAACGAGGAUGUCCCACCGCGUCGAUACUACCGCUCCGGUGUGGAAAUCCUCCGCAUGGCGACGAUUUAUGCAGAGGAGGGCAACAUCGAGCGUGCCUUCAUCCUGUACAACAAGUACAUCACGCUGUUUAUCGAGAAACUGCCAAAACACCGGGAUUACAGGACGGCUGUCAUCCCUGAAAAGAAGGAGACUGUGAAGAAACUCAAAGAGGUCGCGUUUCCCCGAGCUGAAGAGCUCAAGAAGGAGCUGUUGAUGAGAUACAAUAAAGAGUAUGCAGAAUACAGUGAGAAGAAGAAGAAGGAGGAGGAGGACUUUGCACGGAACCUCGCCUUGCAGCAGCAGCUGGAGGAGGAGAGGCAGCGAGUGGCCCUGAUGAAGCAGCAACAGGCAGAGCAGGAGCAGUUCCAUGCUUUUGAGGAGAUGAUCCGACGGAAGGAGCUGGAGAAAGAGCGACUGAAAAUCGUGCAGGAAUUUGGGAAGGCUGAACCCAGCCCAGAGGGACCCCUGAUCCCUGGUGUGGAAAAGCCUCCCACUGACCUAACACCAAAGAUUGGCAUCCUUCCCGUUCCUCCCUCAAACCAAGGCACUUUGCCCAAGCCUCCUGCUGUGGACAGAUCAUUGAAGCCUGGAGCUUUGGGGACCCUGCAGAACAAUGUGACUAUCGAUGGCCUUCGCCAUGUCACCAUUCCCAAGGAGCUGUGCCACAAAUUCCUCCAGCUCGCUGAUGCCAACACAGCCAAGGGUGUGGAGACAUGUGGGAUCCUCUGUGGGAAGCUGAUGAUGAAUGAGUUCACAAUCACGCAUGUCAUCAUUCCUAAGCAGUAUGGAGGCCCUGACUACUGCAACACGGAGAAUGAGGAGGAGCUCUUCCUCAUCCAGGAUCAGCACAGUCUCGUCACACUGGGCUGGAUCCACACUCACCCUACCCAGACGGCGUUCCUGUCCAGCGUGGACCUGCACACACACUGCUCCUAUCAGAUGAUGCUGCCUGAGUCUAUAGCGAUUGUGUGUUCACCAAAAUACCAAGAAACGGGGUUCUUCAAGCUGACGGACCACGGCCUGGAGGAGAUCUCAUCUUGCAGGCAGAAGGGGUUCCACCCACACUCCAAAGAUCCUCCGCUCUUCACGACCUGCAGUCACAUCACAGUGAUGGAGCGGGACGUGGCAGUGAUGGAUCUACGAUAGCCCUCUUGCCUUAACUUGUCGGUUUACUGGAAAGCAGCUACCUUCCUCUUCAUCCUAGGGGAUCACACCUCCCAUAGCCAUUGGUAUCCCGGUAGUUUCAGUGAAAUCGUUAAUUUGACUCUGCUGGGUGCUUCUGAGAACUUGGCGUCCUGCACUGUGUCUUGCAAGGGGCUCAAGAUGUGAGGAAAUAUUAACCUAGGAUUGCUAAAAAAAACAAAACCUAACACUAAAUGGAUUUAACUUUAAUACUUGGCUGUUCAGCAAAUGCAUCCUGAGGGGUUUUAUGCAAGGAACUGUCCUCCAGACUCCAGAACUGGGACUGAGGAGCCUUCGAGAGGGAAGCACUUUCCAAAUGAGGAGCACUGAAAAUUCAUCUCCUGGGGUUUUUUUUGUUUUUUGUUGCCUCUGUUACUUGUUGGCAAAGCUUUGGGCCUUUCCCUUCACUUUAGAUCAAACCCACAGCAUCCUUCUCUUAGCCUGUUUUUUCACUUUCACCAAGGUCCUGUUAACACCAGGAGUUCCAGGGUCUGUGUCUCCAAGCUGUUCCAUAUGCAGUGUGUGGAGUGAAAAGGUCCUUGUGUCUGAGUCUCACUUAAUCUUUCCCUAACCUAGUGCUUCAUUGAUUUGAUUUGGGAAGAGGAAACGAUCCCAACAGCUUGAUAGAAAUUUGACACCCUGAGAUAACCAAGUGGUGUUGGUACAAUGGAUUGAGGAACCUGGCUUCAAUUGCUAUUUGCUGCGACAAACAGGGGCAAAAUGGUUUCAUGGUGCUGAAUGAUAGAUGGAGAUGGAUGUGAUGUUCUUAUUUUAUUACUGUAUCUGCUCUAUCAACUAUGGCCAUGUGAAGGGGAAGACAGCAACAUUGGGUUCUCCUUUGCUACUCAAGUUUCUGUGUCUUGGGUUGUGCUGUCAGUUCUAUAGAAGGUUUGUCAAAGAAUUCGCAUCUUUUUCCCAAAACACUUGGUAACAUCUGGCAGCGGUACGGCUGAGAGGGCACUGGCAUGAGUCUAACAGUGGCCUCCCUCAGUAACAGGGUAUCCCCACUGUGGGAGCAUAAUGUAAUUUAGCAGGGUCUGAUGAACUGGGUACUGUACUGGGAGUCAGGAGGCUUUGUAUAGUGGCUUGCCUUUUUUUCUCUCAUCCAUAGUUUAAGGAUGAUGGGACUGUAACGUGUCUUCAGAGCUUCAAGGAGUUAUGAAUACAAAGCUCUACUAGCAGCAGUGCAGCUCUCCAGCAGUUAGAGGAGAGCAUCCCAAACUUGUCUGGCCAGAUAAAUGGUGUUGGAGCCAUGCCAGAAUCAGUUGUUCUCCGAUGGGGCCAGCUGCAAAGUUCAAGUCUGUCAGGAGCGGGCAGAGCACAGUCUUAGGGUGUGGGAAAUGGCAGAGGUGGGAUUCAGACCUUGUACCUCAGCCCUAGGGUGUCUGGGCCACACUUGCAUGCAGUUCCUGUCUGCUGGAGUCCAAGUUCAUAAGCUCUCCUCUUGCCUUUUGGCUUCUCCUGAGGACAGUCUCCCACUUAAGUAUUCAUUAUGCCUUGAAGUGUCAUCCCCAAGCCCCCCUUGUUGCUGCUCUGACAUUUCCUCUGAUUUUUCACUUGCCAAAAUUCACCAUCCCCAUAAGUCCUGAGGGUUGUUUGCAAAGGCCUGUUUUGCUGGGUGAACGAAUAAUGCAUCAUCCGUGUUGGUCGUGUCAGAUCCCAAUCAUAUCCCCCCCCCCCCGCCCCAAUCUUUGCUGCUGUCUAUGUCAAGUAUCCAUCGGUCUUGAAGGAAGCCAGGGAAAAGCAGGUAUCUUUGUGCAUUCCCCCUUCAUAACUUGCAUUACCUUGAAACUCUGAUAUUAAAUGGGUAAUCAGUAUGAAAUGUUAGCAAGCCUGACUUGUGGCUCAGAGCAGUGGCUUUUGCCUUUGAGCAAGUGACAUUUCUAUAAAGGGCUUGGCCUCCCGCAUUUGGUGUUUUGUUCAUGUACCAACACAUACCCACAUGGUGGGGGGAAGGUCAUCUGGAAUAGGUGUGUAACAUGCCCCUACCCAAAUGGAUUGCUGCGUAAUGUUUGGUGGACAGACUCUUCGUUGUACAGUUUAAUACAGAUCAGUUAUAUUAUCUUGCCU